AGUAGUGAGAUCCGAGGUUGAAUCUUAUAUUAUUUACCUAUGCUGUCGGUCGUUAUAUUUACAGACGCAUUACACGCUAUAUAAUUGUUUUAAUUUUCUUUUAUUGCAUCGAGUUGGAUACCAUUUAAGAAUGUUGAAGACGGUCGUCGUUUUGAAUGGAAUGUGCGCCAUGACGUAGUUCCAACUUCCAGCGAGCCGUCAUGACUGCGCUGACAGCGGGACCUGGUGACGUCACCAAGUCUACUACUCAUGCGCAUUUGAGUUCCCAGUUGGGUAUUAUAUACGUAUAUGUGUAUGCAUAUUAUACGACAAUAGCCGUGCUCGUACUACCCGCCCGCCACUAGUAGUAUAAGGUAAUAAAGUAGUACAAGUAAUAAAUUAUGGAAAUUUUUGGUUACUGCUAGUCUCUGGAGGAUAAAAUACAAAUAUUUGUUCGUUCCAUGAUCUCAUAUUUGACAGUGUAAUCUCGUCGUGUUGCCAUAUUUUGGCAAAAUUUCUAAAUGUUAAUAUACAUGCAGUCAGCUAUAUCAUAGUCUGGUGAUGAGAUGAGAAUAUUGAAAUACUCUGUUAGUACUCGACGGCGAAUUUGGCUCCAAAUGUUCAAACGGGUUUUGUGCGUGCUGAUCCGAAUUUUCGCCUGUUAAUGGUUUGAUCAUGACGUUUUACCUUGCCCUUCCUUGACAAACAAAAACUGUUAAAAUCGUUUGGAUAUUGUUGGGACGUUCUUAUUAUGUACAAUAUUAUGGCUGCGUGUGAUCCGGGAACUGAACCAUACGAAAGCUGGGAAGCUCUGGACGAUCCUUCUGUUCUGAGUACACAAAUUAAAAAAAUGCAGUUGGCUUCGGCAUCGAAAAACGAGAACAAUAGUAAUGUUGUGAUAUCAUUACCACCUGGAUUGCAAUUGUCCUACAACCACCAUCAACAAAUGACAAUACCUCAACAGCCAACUGUAAAAAUUUUAAAACGACCACCAAAAGUAGAUGUUGCCAAUGAAUCAGCUGAUAAGCCUAAAUUGCUUGUGAAGUCUUUAGAGCAAAGAAAACAGGAAUACGCGGAAGCAAGAUUACGAAUAAUGGGAGAAGAGUUAGGUGAUGAAAAUGUCGACGAUGAAGGGGCUAGUUCUUCUGGUAGCACAAAGUUUGAAGUACUUCGUCAACCAUUAGUCCGCACGCUAGUCGAAGACAAUGUGAUUCGGCAACCGCGUGGGCCUGACAACACCAAAGGUUUUAACCAUCGUAGCUAACCCUAUUGAUUUACAAACUAAAUAUAUUAACUUUUUGAAUCGCCGGUUUUCAAAUAAAAUAAAUAAAUAAUCUAUAUUAUACUUUAAAAACAAAAUCAUUUAGUUGUAAAUAUUAAGGCUUAUAAUAAUUAAUUAUUAAUAAUACCUCUUGAUACUGAAUAAUUUUUGGGAAUGGAUGAGAUGAGAUUUAGGUCUCCAUUGGUGGGCGCCUGAAGUGCUGUGUUAAUGACAAAAUCUAGUCAGAUGGAACCGCUCCAGUACUAAUAAAUUCUUCCGUUUAUGUUUUAAGUAUCAGAGUUUUUUUUAAUCGCUGUAUAUUGUAUUGUAAAUAAGAUAAAUGUGUGUCUGAUUUCUCACAUUAUAUUUUGUUAAAUGGUUUAAUUUUAGCAUUUUUAAUAACGAAUACAUAUAUAUAUAUAGUGUCCAUAACUUGUUAUGGUGUUCUUUCUUUUAAAAUUGAUUAGUGAAAUUUAACGAAUAAUGUGUCAACAAAAUAUUAUUUUAAAACUUAAUUAGGAAAAAUAAACAAACGAUUUUGAUUUGUAUAUUUUUGUAAUUGAUUUGUUUUUUUAUUCUUCAAACAUUGUUAUUUUUGUUCAAGUUUAACAAAAAAGUUAAUUAAAAUUAUUGUAAUUUUAGCCUGAUGUAAAAUAAUUUUUUUUUUUUUAAUUUACUGUUGUAAAUUGAUGCGGUGAAGGAGUUAAAACAUUAGACAAACAUAGGUUAUCCGUUAUACGUUGAUGUAUUUUUUUUAUUAUAC